GUAUUGAAAAUAAAUAUUUGGGUGAAAAAAAAAUAUGUCCGUUUGAAAAAGGUAUCACAAGAAAAGCUGCUAAAAUUGGUGACAUAGAAACAUUAAAACUAGCUUACGAGAAAACAACUAGAGACGCUGCUGCAAAGGGACAUUUUGAAUGUUUAAAAUAUGCACAUGAAAAUGGAUGUCCAUGGGAUGUAAGCACAGCGAUAUAUGCUGCAACAAAUGGGCAUUUAAAAUGUUUAAUUUAUGCACAUAAAAAUGGCUGUAGAUGGAAUAUAGAAACAAUAAUAAACGCUGCUUUGAAUGGACAUUAUGAAUGUUUAAAAUAUGCACAUGAAAAUGGUUGCCACUGGAUUAAAGAUAUAUCUAAAUAUGCUGUUAUAGGAGGUAAUUUAGAUUGUUUAAAAUAUGCACAUGAAAUUGGAUGUUCAUGGGAUGAAAGCAUAACGAUAGCAGCUGCAACAUAUGGGCGAGGUAAUUUAGAUUGUUUAAAAUUUGCUCACGAAAGUGGAUGUCCAUUAGAUGAUGGCAUAACUAUAGAGGCUACUGUAAGAGGUAAUCUAGACAUUUUAAAAUAUGCACAUAAAAAUGGAUGUCCAUUAGAUGAUAAGAUAACUACUGUGGCUAUUGAAAAAGGUUAUUUUGAAAUUUUAAAAUAUGUACAUAAAAAUGGAUUUCCAUGGCAUAAAAGAACAACAAAAGUAGCUGCAAGUUAUGGUAAUUUAGAAUUUUUAAAAUAUGCUCAUGAAAACGAUUGCAAAUGGUAUGAAGGUACAAUAGUUACAGCAGCCAUGAAUGAUAAUUUAGAAAUUUUAAAAUAUGCACAUAAAAAUGGAUGUUCAUGGGAUUAUGACACAACUAGAGCUUCUGCAGCAAGUGGUUGCUUGGACUGUUUAAAGUAUGCUCAUGAAAAGGAGUGUCCAUGGCAUGAAGCAACAUUAAAUACAGCUGCCGCGCAUGGUAAUUUAGAUUGCUUAAAAUAUGCAUAUGAACAUGGAUAUAAUUGGAUAGUUGGUACGACGAGAGGGGCUGCUGCAAAUGGACGUUUAGACUGCUUGAAAUAUGCUAUUGAAAAUGGUUGUGAAUGUGAUGAAGGCACAACAAGGGAAGCUGCUGCAAGUGGUUGUAUCGACUGUUUGAUAUUUGCUCAUAAAAAUGGAUAUAAAUGGGAUGUAGGAACAAAGAGCGCCGCUGCUGCAAAUGGUCAUUUAGACUGCCUAAAAUAUGUUCAUGAAAAUGGAUUUAAAUAA